UUUUCAAGCAUGAAACGCACUCAUUCCAAAAGCGGAUAUGUCAAGCAAUCAUCCGCCGAUCUGUCAUUUCUUUUUACAUUUGUUGUGGCCGUAAAUAGACGUCUGCGAUGAAGUUGAAUGUAUCUUUUCCCGCCACGGGAGCUCAAAAGCUUUUCGAAGUUGUGGACGAACAUAAAUUACGGAUUUUCUAUGAAAAGCGUAUGGGCACCGAAGUUGAAGCCGAUCAGUUGGGCGAUGAAUGGAAGGGUUACAUCUUGAAAAUUGCCGGCGGUAAUGACAAACAAGGUUUCCCCAUGAAACAAGGUGUCCUUACACACACCCGUGUACGUCUUUUGUUGAAGAAGGGACACUCCUGUUAUCGUCCACGUCGUACUGGUGAACGUAAACGCAAAUCGGUUCGAGGAUGCAUCGUUGACGCCAAUAUGUCAGUUUUGGCUUUGGUUGUUGUACGCAAAGGCGAGAAAGAAGUGCCCGGAUUAACCGACAACCAAGUACCACGUCGUCUUGGACCGAAGAGAGCAAGCAAGAUCCGUAAGUUGUACAACUUGACCAAGGAAGACAACGUUUGCCAAUACGUCGUUCGUCGUCCAUUGCCGAAGAAGGAGGGCAAAAAACAACGCCACAAGGCACCGAAAAUCCAACGUUUGGUUACACCGGUAGUGUUACAGCGCAAGAGACGUCGUUUGGCCAUUAAGAAGAAACGUCAAAGUGCCGUCAAAGAACAAGCCGCCGAAUUCGCCAAAUUGUUGGCUAAACGCAAGAAGGAAUCUAAACAAAAGCGAGAAGAAGCAAAGAGACGUCGUUCAGCUUCGCUCCGCGAAUCCAGAACCUCACAAUCGAGUGACAAGAAAUAGACAGUUUGCCGGGUGAACUUGAUAAAAUGGAUGAGGAACAAUAAAAACUAAAAUCCAAAUUCGGAA